AUGGAUAUCACGAAGAGCGGUAUCGUUACUAAAUAUGAGUUUGAUAAGGCGAUCCAUGGUAUCCCAGGGAUUGAGCUUUCGGACGAUGAAGUUCAUAAGAUAUUCGAACGCCUUGAUGUGGAGAACAAAGGCAUGUCUGACUACGCGUUCUUUGGACCGCGACAUCAGGAUUCCUGCUACCAGCCGACUUCGGCAUAA